UUUUACAAGGUAAGCAAAAAGGUAAACAGAUAAAUGGACAAUUGAUAAUCUGAUGAAUUAAAGGUAACAAUCAAUUGAACAGGAAACUAAAUCAAAUCAAUCAUCAUUGUCUAUUAUCAGAUGAAACUAAAUUUAAAUAUAAGGAACAGAGAGAAAGAUGAUUCUGGACAAUGGUCAAGCAUGAUAACAAAAGGAUAACAAUAAUGUCCAUCUAAUGGUCAAUAUCAUUGUGAAAAAGAUUUGCAAAAAAAAAGGUCACACAAGAUUAAAACUGUUGGCAACAAGUAGUUAGUAGGGGAGAUACUCAAAAGAGCAAAAAGGUUUAAGCAAAAUUCAAAAGAGCAAAAAAUAAAAAGAGCAAAAUCUGUUUAAGCAAAAUAGACUUCAGAGUAAAUUAUUCUGUCCAGUUGAAACUUCUAACAUUUGAAAUAGUUUUUGAUUCACAUCAAUAAAAUGUCUUACGAAUUAAUCGAAUCUAAUAAGGGCCAUAAUUUAAUAGUACAAUAUGAUUACGUAUAUCGUAAGAAGUCAAGUUAUGGAACAACAUCUUAUUGGACGUGUGAAACUAAAUUAUGUAAAGUGAGGGGUAAACUUCAUGAUGGAAAGUUCACAAUUAAUAGUGAUCAUAUUCAUGAACCAGAUAAAGCGAAAGUUAUCCAACGUCAUCAACACAAUAUAAUUAAGGAGAAAGUGAUUGAAAAUCCAACGGAAACUGGACUUAAUAUUUACACUUCAUCAACACAAUCACUCCGUGAUAAAUUAAAUACAAGUGAUGAUCAAAUAGCCAGUGCAAUUAAACCUUUCAUUAGUGUUCAACCAACAAUAUCGAGAUCAAAGUUGUCAAUGGUUCCAAAGUUACCUGCUUCAAGAGAGGAAAUUAACCUUCCCAAUGACAUGAAAGUUUUACCAAAUGGACAAAAUUUCUUAAUUGCUGAUGAAGGUGAAGGUGAUCGAAUAUUAGUUUUUGGAAGUUUCAAAUCUUUCCAGAGAUUAGCCGAAGCUGAUAAUAUUUAUAUGGAUGGAACUUUCAAAUCCUGUCCGAAACUUUUCUAUCAAAUAUAUACCAUACAUGUAAUGAUAAAUAAGCUGAUGGUUCCUGUCAUUUAUUGUCUUCUUCCUGAUAAGAGAAAUAGAACUUAUGAAAGGCUUUUCGAAAUUAUUGAGAAUUAUGCUAAUUACCAUGGAAUUAUCUUCAAGCCUAAAACGUUUUCGAUUGACUUCGAGAUUGCAGUAAUAUCAACAAUCAAAAAGAAAUAUCCUGAAGCGCAAAUCACUGGGUGUAUGUUUCAUUUUGCCCAAUGUAUCAGAAGAAAGGUCGGAAAUCUUGGGCUAACCAAUCGAUGCCAACAAAGAGAUGAUAAUCGUUACACAAAGACGAUUAAAAGAUUACAAAGUUUACCGCUUAUCAAAUAUCAAGACUUGGCUGAAGUUUUUGAAAUCGUAGUGGCCGAAGCACCUGAAGAUAAUGAGAUGGACGCGCUUUUGGAAUAUUUUUAUGAUAAUUUUUUCAAAGACGCUGCGAGAUUUCCUAACGACAUUUGGAACCAUUCAAGUAACAAUGGACCGAGAACUACUAAUCACAUCGAAGGAUGGCAUAAUCUCUUAAACAAUUCGAUUAAAGUGGCUCAUCCUAACCUGUGGAUAUUCAUAAAGAAAAUAAUGAGUCAAAAUAUCUAUCAAGAGACCAAAUUAGCUACACACCUGAGUGGACAACCAGUAUUAAAGCGUAACAAAAAAAGAGAAGCAAUCGAAAAAAGAUUUGAUGACCUAAAGAAUCAAUAUAAUAGUAAUGAGAUAACAGCUAUUAGAUAUUUAGACUUAAUUAAAUAUGUAAAAUUAUCUUGA